CAAAUUUAAAAAUUCAUUUCGCUCGGAUUCUUACUUCUCUAUCUUUCUCCGGUAAAACGAAACCCUAAUUCUCUUCCGCAUUCGCAAUUCUCUCUUACUUCAGUUCCCGCUCCGAUCGAUUGCCGCUCCAAUCUUUCACUUCCUCCUCGCAUCUCAAGUUCUGAAUUUCCGCAGUUGAAUUCAUUCUUCUCAGACUAAGAUUUCCGAUCCUCGGCGGUGUUUCUGGCAUCAAAGGUUUGACACUCCAACCUUUGUGCCUACGUUUUCGAUAUCUGUUGCUCCUUUUCUCAACUCUUUAGCCGUCACUUUCUCGAGUAUUUUUGCAGCUGAUCUGAAAAUGGAAAGGCCGACACAUCGGGCAUGGAUGUAUAAUAGGCGUACUGUCGGUCGAAAAGGAUUCACACCUGAAUUUUUGCAAGGUCUCAAAGAGUUUCUGAAUUUUGCCUGUCAACAACCACAAUAUGUGAAUGAGGGUUUAAUAAGUUGUCCAUGUAAGCUAUGUAAAAAUGAGAGGCGCCUAACUCCGAAGGGAGUGAAUGCUCAUGUUCGCCAGAAAGGGUUUACACCCGGAUAUUUGUAUUGGACAUCCCAUGGAGAAGAAGUCCCUCAAAUGAAUGUUAAUGUUGAUAUGGACUCAAACGCAUUUCCUUAUAGUAGUCAAGAAGAUAUUGGGUUUGAUGAUGCUGAUCUUAAUGACCAAAAUUUUGUACAAAAUGAAGGGGUGGAAGCAAGUGAAAUGUAUGAUAUGUUGAAUUCAACGCAUCAACCUCCACGGUCAGGGUACACGAAUACAUCAAGCUUGUCUGCUGCUGUCGCAAUGUUGAAUUUACAAUCUAAAUACAACAUGUCACAAGAUUGUUUCAAUGACAUGCUAAAGUUAAUGGGAGAGUCAAACCACAAUGGGAAUGUAAUUUCUUCAAAUUCUAGGGAUGCAGAAAGAACAAUGCCGCCUACUAAAAUGUCAAGGAAAAAGAAACGUGCAGAAACCGAUGCUCCCUUGAUAAUUCCUUCAAAUGCUCACAAUACAAAGAAAACUCUGCAGCCAACUAAAAUGUUAGGAAAAAAGAAAUCUGCACAAACCCGUGCUCUGUUGGCAAGUCCAUCUGAUACCCUUCAAACUUUUUCUACCCAAGCAACUCAACCUCCAUCUCGAACUAAACCUCGAACUAAACUUAAACGACCUCCACCCACUAAAUCAUUAAACCUUCAUACGCAAUCCCAACCCACUCAAUCACAUCCUCAACUUCGCCCGCGACCUCAACCCACCCAACCUCAACUUCGCCCGCGACCCCAGCCUACUCCACCCACUCAAUCUCAACUCCACAUGCAACCUCAACCCACUCAACCUCAACUCACUCCACCCACUCAACCUCAACUCCUCACACAACCUCAACAAACUCCACCUCGAAUUCAGUCUCAACCUGCAACACCUCGGUCUGAAUCUCACCCUGUCAUAUCUCAAACCAUUCCUACCCAAGUCCUUCAAUGGCAAGAAUUCUCAACAGACAACUUAAAUCAGAACAAAAUCACUAUACUUCCAGAAGGAGACGGGUUUGAUCAACACAACUUGGUAGUGAAGGCAAUUGGUUCAAUCAUACGUACGUACUUGGCUGAGGGAAUACCAUCAUGGAAGCAGAUACCUAAAAAGCAACGAGAUUCGUGGUUUGAUAUAUUUAAAUCAAUGUUUUCAUGGCCACCUGAACAUAAAGACCUGGUGCGACGUAACUUUGAGAAAAGGGGUUCAGCUAAAAUGGUUCAAUUAAUGCAAGAUGCUCGAAGAAAUUUAGAUCACAAACCAACUUGGAUGGAAGAGUGUGUGUGGGCACAGUUGAAGGCACAUUGGGAGUCCUCCAAAUACCAGAGAAUAUCAGAAAUAAAUAAAAGAAAUGCUGCGUCUAUGGCGGACGCAUCUCUUCACACUGGUGGAUCAAUACCUCAUCGUUUGCAUUGGAAGCGAAUGAAGGAGACAAAUGGGACAGAUCCAUCCAUGGCUGAGUUUUAUUUUCGUACGCAUCGAAAGAAGGAUCAAAGUUGGGUGGGUCCAUCUGCAGAGUCUGCAUAUAAGAAAUUUGAACAAAGAAAAUUGGAAUUAUCUUCCAAGUUUGAUUUAGGAGAGAAUAGUGGCGAAAAUCAUCAAUCCAUAGAAAUGCCAUCUGACUUGGAUAUAUGGGUAGAUUCAAUUGGACAGAAAAAAGGAAGGGUUUUUGGUCUCGGAUCUGUUAACAAAACAUUGGUUCCAUCUGUUAGGCUUCCUGGAAAUUCAGGAGAUGUCAAUGGUUUAAGAAGUCAGAUUCACGCACUUAACGAGUCGUUGCAUAAGCAGGAGCAAGAGAAACUAGAAAUGAAACAAGAGUUGACCGAGACUAGAAAACAAUUAGCGGCUUUAAUGAAACAUCUAGGAUUUGCCGGCUCUUCUUCUCAGCCAUUAUCAUCACCGCAAAACAACAAUGGUAUUGAUAAUGGUGAUGAUUAUACUGAUGAUGGUGAUGAUAUGGAGUAGGACUGCAUCUGUGUUUUUAGGACUUAAGUUAGUAUAACUUUUUGCUACAAAAUAUGUCUUGUGCAUGUCUCAGAUGCUUUGCUGGGUAAAGUAAAAAUACCUGCCAAUUUACUUGUGAAAUUUCUUGUGAAUUCAUUUCAAAAUUGCUUGUAAAAUCCUAUUAGUCAGUUUAAAAUUUCUCUAUGGCUUAGGCCAUUUUCUAGUUCUAACUUUAAUUAAUUGAUUUCUAAUGUCAUGUUUGGUUAAUUUC